GACCAAUAGGGGAGUCCCACAAGACCCACCUAAUCAGUAAAGAUCGUUUGUUGGCAGGGACACCAAGGAAAAAAAAAAAAAAAGCUCUCUUUCUCUCUCCUUCUCCACGAUUCAGCUUUGAAAUUCUGACAAAAUCUCUCGUUUCUGCGAUCUCUCAAUCCCUUUGAGCAGUAGCGAGGAUAUGGAGCACAACGAGACAGGAUGCCAUCCCCCUCCCGAAGGCCCUAUUUUGUGCAUCAACAACUGCGGUUUCUUCGGAAGUGCAGCGAACAUGAACAUGUGCUCCAAGUGCUAUAAGGACAUGGUGUUGAAACAAGAACAGGCCAAGCUCGCGGCAUCGUCAAUCGAAAACCUCGUUAACGGGUCGAGUGGCAGCGAGAAGGGGCCCGCUGUCGUCGACUCUGCAGACAUGCAGAACAGUUCUGUUGAAGCCACGGCUAUUUCCGUGCCGUCGUCCCUAACUUCGAGCUCGAGCGAUUCUCCCGAGCUCAAGGCGGGGGCCGGGGCUAAGGAGGGUCCCAGCCGCUGUGCCACUUGCCAGAAACGCGUCGGCCUAACUGGAUUCAAAUGCCGCUGUGGCAACCUCUACUGCGGUUCGCAUCGCUACUCUGAUAAACACGACUGCCUCUUCGACUAUCGCACUGCUGCACGCGAUGCAAUCGCCAAGGCCAACCCCGUUAUCAGGGCCGAGAAGCUGGAUAAGAUCUAACGACGACGCCUCGUGCUCAAACUCUGUCGUGUAUCAAUGGAUCCCGGGAUGCAGCACAGGUUGGAUCAACGCAUUUAUUCGCGCUUAUUGGCAAGACUCUGUUUAUUGACUUUAGUUUCCAAGUUCAUAUUACUGGUUUGGUGGAUAUCAUUGUGAUUAUGGUUAUUAUGAUGCAUUAUUCUGGUUCACUGCCAUUCUAUA